UAGAGCUUGAAACAGGAAGGAUGCGGCUGGUUGUCUAUGAACUCACAGUUUGUUGGUAUUGUGCAACUUAAAGAUACAAUAUAUCACACCUGCAUUAAAAACAUCGCAGAGGGGCACAAGCAAAGUGUAUGAAAGCUGAAUGUUUAGUUGCUGAAGCAGCAGGUCUUUAAAAAAACCUCCCGGAGAUAAACUUACAAGCUUCGAAGUGCGUGGAUCACACAACGUUUAACGCAGACCUUGAAAGUUGUGAGUUGUGUUACUGUCUUUUGAAAAUGAACGAAGAUAUGAAACGACACGAGGAUUAAUUAUCUCCUGUCUGGACGUCACAGCCAUCAAGACCACACUUCACCGAGCUGAGUAAUACCUGGAUUAUGUCUCUUUGACAGGCUUGUUGGACUUCUUACAUUUUUGUUAAAAUACACCACCACCCGUCGAGCAGAUUGUGUAGAUCAUACAGCACAGGAUGCCUAUCUUAAAGCAGCUGGUCUCCGGUUCAUCUCAGACUAAACGUCGCUCACGCAUGGACCUCACCACCGAGAUGAUCAGCGCUCCCUUGGGUGACUUCCGGCACACCAUGCACGUAGGACGCAGCGGGGAAGCUUUCGGAGACACUUCUUUCCUCAGCACACGAUCUGGAGAGCCACCCCCGGAAAAUCACAGCUAUCCUCGUUCUCCCAGACCUGGACUCCUCUCCCGUACCUUUCGGAGCAGCAAGCGCUCCCAGUCCGUCAACAGAGUAGAUCAGCGGGAGGACGCUUUCCUCCCUCCGAGUGGAUCACCUACCUUUGUAAAAAAUGCGAUGUCCUUGCCUUUUUUGAACAACGAGCAUGAUGGGGACGCUCGAGUUCUCAAGAGCUUGACCUCCAGCCCCUCCAACGGGGCUUCGGCUAAUGUGCUUGACCUAGAGCUCCACGAAAAGCAAUUUGGGGUGUUGACAGACCUAAGGCCGUCCCCAUCAUACAACGGGGGAGGUAUGAAGAAGGCUGAAUCUGUGAUGUCAUUCCAUAUCGACCUUGGGCCCUCCAUGCUUGGUGAAAUUUUGGGAGUCAUGGAGAAGGAGGAUGAUGACCAAGGGUUUGAGGAAGGAAAGGGCAGUGAGGGUCAUGCUUCACCUCUUCCUAGCAACCAGGAAAGAGAUGAUGAAGAUGAGGAGAUGGUGAAAGAGGAGAAACCGGAGGAGCAUGAAGAGCUUCCCAUAAGAGCUCCCAGUUCUGUUGACCUGGAGAUCCAGAGUGAAGGCACCAGCACUCCAGAGCCACACCACAAAUACCAACAUCACCACGAUAGCUGCUCACUCUCCAGCUCGGGUUCAGCUGCCAUGGACGAGAAACCCACCAGUCAGCAUCAUGAAGACGACGUGGCCAGUUUUGCCAACGCAUGCAACCCAGACAAUGAACCAGCCUUCUCCUCCUUUAUGGAGGAUGAAGAUGAUGAAAUCCGAGUAUGAAGCCCCACGAUCUUAAUGCGGAUGGAGAGGCUUGUAUAUCUUUACCAGAUUUUGACAGUCUUCCAAUAUUGUAUUAAACUGAGAGACUACAGACAUGAAGUUGGGUGUAGAUGUCCAAGCUGGACAAAUGCUUCAGGAUCCUGUGUCCCUGUAGAAAGACGUCGGGAGGACCGGUUCAGCUCGGACACCAAAGCUGUCAUCUGUCACACUACUCGCCACUCCAAGACGAACAACUGGAUGUGUUAACGUUAAGACAGAAAAGAAAAUAGACUGUUUGUGAUAUUAACUGAUAGCUAAGCUGAAUGAAUGGUGGUUAGGGAUACAUCAUAAAUCUAUAAAAAGGUUACUUUCAAUUGCUGGAGCAAUGCAUUUAUUACACCACAGUCUCCAUUGCAUAUAACAUGACAUCAUUAUACGAGCUACCGUUGACUAAGCUCAGGAAGUGUCCUUGUAAUGCUCACUGCGUAAACUCACUGCGCAUGUAUGAGCUGAAAUGGAAAUGAUUUGAAAACGGCCACAUGCUUCACUAUUGGAGGAAGGCGGCAACAUGUUUCACCUUUUCAGCAUUUUUUGGUUGUACGUGUUUUGCAUAGUAGAUCUCUGCUCGGUAUCUUGCAAAUCUCACCACUUCCUUCCUGCAUUUUGUGACACACGAGGGGAACUACUUCUUUGUCGCUGGAGUUUUGAUCAGUUUGGCCGUGUCACUGUAUUUGACAUACAAUGUGUGUUAUGUUAAGUUUAGCGAAGAAGCCAUUUUUGUUUCUUGUGACUAUAUCAGUCGUGUUAUCUCCGUUAACUCUGGCAUUAGCAAUUGACACUGGUAUUGCUCCUCGGGUAACUUAAAGGGAUAGUUCACCCAAAAAUGAACAUUUUGUCAUCUUUUACUCACCCUCAACCUGUAUGAGUUUCUAUAUUCUGUAAAACACAAAAUAAGAUAUUUGAAUAAAUGUGGUAACUGCACAGUUUGAUGACUCCCAUAGACUUCCAUAGUAGGAUAACAAAUAUUAUGUUAAAGGGACAGUUCACCCAAAAAUGAAAAUUCUGUCAUCAUUUUCUCCUUUUUAUGUUGUUCUAAAGUUCUUUUUUCUAUCAAGAUAUUUUGAUAGAUAAUGGUAAGCACACAGUGGAUGGUACCCAAUGAAUACUAUUGUAUUUGUUUUUCCUAUUAUGGAAGUCAAUGGUGACAAUCAGCUGUGUGCUUACCAUUAUUAAACAAAAAAUUCUUAUUUUUUAGAUCUAGAACAACACGAGGAUGAGAAAAUUCAUUUUUGGGUGAACUAUCCCUUUAAUCUAUGGGUACCGUCAAUUGUGUGCUUACCAUCCUUUAUCAAAAUAUCUUAAUUUGUUGUUAAACAGAAUAAAUAAAAAAUGUAAAAAUAGUGAAAAAAUGAUGACAAAAUGUUCAUUUUUGGGUGAAAUAUCCCUUUAAUUGGGCGGUCUGAUACACUGUUGAGCAGAGACACUAACCUUCACUGAUUUUGUUUGCCUUUUUUUUUACUUUCGUGGUUACAGCAGAGUAUGUACCUGUAUAGGGCUAUAACUUGCUAAUAAAAUGAUGCCUUUGUUACUGCAGACUUUUUUGUAUAUAGUAUGUAAGUUAACUGUCUCUAAAGAGAGGAUCAGGCUUGUGAAGACAGUAUCUUCACCCUUAAGACUUCAGUUAUGAUUUACAAUCUGCAUCACACUAGGAGUCUCUUCAGCCUUAAGCAGAAAUGGGAAAGUGCCAAAUUGAAUUAAGCACGCACUGCCGAGUAAGCUUGACUUCUGCGAAUAAUUUAACAUGGUGACUCGAGACUAAUUUGCUAUUUUACAUAACGGGUCAAAUCUUAAUUUGAUUGAGAAUUCAGAUAAUAUGCUUUAAAAUGAACCAUAGAGACAAUAAACACACGCUGUUAGCGUUUUGGAAUAAUUUACAUGGGAUUGUGUGGUCAGUUUUACAUUUACUAUGAUAAAAGCAAUUAGAAAUCUGAAAGCGUGAGGCUGUGUGAGCGGUGUUUUUCAUCUUUUGCCUGUUUGUAACACAACUGCCUAGUUUAUCUUUGCUACAAUUUGUAUGCUGAACAUGUAUUUCAUGCUUACCAGCCUUUACAAAAGGCUAACGGCUAUAUUUUUAAAUAAAAGAAAAGUUGAAAGCACACAUGUGUUAUCUCUGUUUGUCCUCAUAAUCCAAAGCUAGAGAAUGCAACAUGAUGAUGGUCUGAAUUUAUCAGGGAGAUAAUACAGACAAGCUCUGUGAGAAGGGAUAAAUGAAAAUUCUGUCAUCAUUUUCUCAUCCUCAUGUUGUUCUAGAUCUGUAGGAAUUUAUUUUUUUCCGAUGAACGCAAAAGAAGAUAUUUUGAUAAAUGAUAGUAAGCACACAUCUGAUUAUAACCAUUGACUUCCAUAGUAGGAAAAACAAAUACAGGGGAAUUCAAUGGGUACCAUCAGCUGUGUGCUUACUAUCAA